AUGUCCAACCCGGAACAAGACAUGUGUGCCACUGAGAUUCCACAGAAGUGCCAGGUCCUCGUAAUUGGUGGUGGACCUGGCGGGUCGUAUGCCGCCUCUGCACUUUCCCGGGAGGGUAUUGAUGUCGUUUUGUUGGAAGCAGAUGGAUUUCCUAGGUACCACAUAGGAGAAAGCAUGCUAGCAUCUAUGCGCCAUUUCCUUCGGUUCAUUGACUUGGACACGAAGUUCGAUGCAUACGGGUUCACGAAGAAGGUUGGCGCAGCGUUCAAGCUGAACGGCCAGAAACGUGAGGGAUUCACCGACUUUCUCGCAGCAGGCGGACCGGAGAACUACGCAUGGAACGUCGUACGCUCCGAGGCGGAUGAUCUGAUGUUUCGUCACGCCGGAGAAUGCGGAACGCAUAUAUUCGACAGGGUGAAAGUUACCGAGAUCUCCUUCGAACCGGUCAACUCCAGCGCCUCUCCUGACGCUAAGUGCGAAUACUCCGGUAAGCGUCCGGUCAGCGCUUCUUGGAUUCGCAAAGGCCCUUCGAGCACUCCUUCGUCAGACCCAGAGAAUGAAAAUUCCUCCAAAGGAGAAAAAAAGGGGACAAUUGCUUUUGACUACCUUGUUGACGCCUCGGGUCGCGCAGGUAUACUCAAUACACGUUACCUGAAGAACAGGACAUACAAUCAAGGGCUAAAGAAUGUAGCGAGUUGGGGAUACUGGCGUGACGCAGGUGUAUAUGCAUGCGGAACAGAGAGGGAGAACGUGCCAUUCUUCGAGGCGCUGAAAGAUGAAAGCGGUUGGGCAUGGUUGAUCCCUCUGCAUAACGGGACGACGAGUGUCGGCAUUGUAAUGAACCAAGAAAUCGCAACAGCGAAAAGGAAAGCUGUCUCGCCCUCCCCAUCUUCACGGGAGUUCUACCUGGAACAACUCAAGCUUGCGCCUUCUCUGCUUGCCAUCCUACAUUCAGAACCUGCAACACUCAUAAGUGACAUCAAAUCCGCGUCAGACUACAGCUACUCCUCUUCCUCCUACUCCCUCCCCAAUGCACGCAUAGUUGGCGACGCAGGGUGCUUCAUCGACCCAUACUUCUCUUCAGGAGUCCACCUUGCACUCACCUCGGCCCUCUCAGCAGCAACGACUAUCUGCGCUUCUCUACGCGGAGACUGCGAGGAGAAACAGGCCGCACGGUGGCAUGACGUCAAAGUCGGAACAUCGUAUACAAGAUUCUUGAUGGUGGUAUUGAGCGCAUAUAGACAGAUUCGGAGACAGACGGAACCUGUACUUGCGGAUUUUGAUGAGGAUAAUUUCGAUAGGGCGUUUGCGUUCUUCAGGCCGAUUAUUCAAGGAACGGCGGACGUAAACAGCAAACUCUCACAGGACGUGUUAUCCAAAACGCUCGACUUUUGUGCGCAUGCUUUCGAGCCGACGCUUCCUGAAGACCGCGAGGCGGUACUUAAAAAACUCAACGGUUCUGCCUCGAAAACCAUCUCCAACGGUCACACAAAAGGCCAUGCAAACGGCCUCGCGAACGGUCAUACAUACGACAAGAAGUCUAACGGAGACAUAAAUCCAGAACCAAGCCUAAGCGAAGAAGACAUCCGCAUCCUUCGACACAUCCGUGCACGCGAGAUGAUGCGUACGGAGGAUACGAUGCACGUCGGGAGUUUCUACACCGAUGUGAUCGAUGGUUAUAUCGUGAGAGGUGUUCGUGGUUCACUUGGCUUGAGGAAGCUAGAUGGCUAG